CGUUGUGCGCUGGUCACUUUGGUUGAUCUUGGAUAAUUGGAUGUGCACAUCGAGAGAUAGAAUAUUCGGAAUAACACAAUCGCACACACAGUGGUCCAUACACACUUUGCCUCUUCAACCUCCUUCAAUAGCAAGCAAUGACUGUACCAAUGCCUAAGAAAAUCAUCGGAUUCGGUAAUCCCUUGCUGGAUAUAUCCGCCAAUGUUGACCAGGCAUUCCUAGAGAAGUAUGAUCUUGAGGCCGACAAUGCUAUCUUGGCAGACGAGAAGCACGUUCCUAUGUACGAGGAAUUGGCAAAGAACUAUAAGGCUGCUUUCAUUCCCGGCGGUGCCACCCAAAAUACUAUGCGUGUUCUACAAUGGCUUCUACAGAAAACUCCUGGUCUAACCACCAUGGUUGGAUGCGUAGGAACCGAUGAGUACGCAAAGAUCAUGAGUGACCAGGCCGAGGCUGACGGUGUGCACACCGCAUACCUGCGUGAUGCAGAUACACCUACUGGCACAUGCGCAGUAUGCAUCACGGGACAACAUCGUUCAAUGGUAGCCAAUCUAGCCGCUGCCAACAACUACAAGGAGAGUCAUUUGGACUCUGAGGGUAUCUGGGACCUAGUAAAGUCUGCAGAUAUUGGUUACAUUUCAUCGUUUUUCCUGACAGUGUCGCCGCCCACUAUUCAGCGUGUUGCCAAGCACUUCGCGGAGUCCAACAAAUUGUUCUGCAUGAACCUAUCAGCCCCCUUCCUGCCUCAGUUCUUCAAGGAACCUAUGGCUGCCGCACUACCCUAUUGUGACAUCGUAUUUGGAAACGAGUCCGAGGCCGCCGCAUACUCUGAGGCCAACGGACUAGGCCUAACAGAUGUAGGAAAGAUUGCACUUGCCAUUGCUGCCCUACCCAAGGAAGGUGAUACAGGCGUGAGUCGCAUGGUGGUGUUCACUCAGGGACCCGACUGCACAGUAAUCGCUAAGGACGGGAAUGUGACUAAAUACGACGUAAACAGACUAGAUGAAAGCGAGAUUGUAGACACAAACGCUGCAGGAGAUGCGUUCGUGGCUGGUUUCCUAUCACAGGUGGCGAAGGGAAAUAGCGUGGAAGAGUCUGUCCGCUGUGGCCACUGGGCUGCGCAAUUAAUCAUCAAGUACUCUGGAUGCACUUUCCCCCCCACCUGCGAGUUCAAGUAGAGUGUGACCGAUUAGAGUACAUGGUUGCAGGACGUUGAAGACUUACUGAGAUUUACGAGCAUAAGCGUGUAUGUGCUGUUGUGAGUAUGUAUGGUUUGUACUCGUGUUGAGCUGGGAGCAGAACACGUUAUGCUACACGCAGAUAAUGUGAAACACUGUAGCAAGGGCGAGAAAGAACCUCUACACAAUUAAAAUUGAUUAUAAAAUGCUU